AAUAUUUUCAAUAGCAUAUCAAUAUGUUUGCUAUUGAUAUGUUUGCAACAAAAUUAUAUACUAAGUCAACGAUACCGCAACCCUAACCCCAAUAAUAAUAAUAAUAAUAAUAGGCGGCUAAACGGUCGGUCCAAUAGAGACGAUACAAUCAUAAAUGUCUAUCCGGGCGGCGGCGGCGGCGACUCUAAGCCGGGCAGUUAUGAUGAAGACGCUGGUGUACCUCCCGGUGCUAACAAACGGCCGACUAUAGUGGUUGAGAAACCGGUAGAUAUUGUACCCGAAAACAAACAACAGCCGCUGCCACCACCAAAACAAUAUGACCCGAAACCAGUACAAAAUGACGAAACAAAUGAUGAAAACGAUGAAGAAGUAGUCAAGAAUUAUUCGGACGAAAAAAUUGGUGCCAACGGAUGCAUAUGUGUGCCAUACUAUCAGUGCGACGACGGAAACAUUAUAACCGACGGAUCCGGUAUUAUUGAUCCGCGAAAGAUACCAAAGAAGGAGAUCCCAUUGGACGCCAAUUAUAAGCCCCCGUUUUGCGGUACAUUUCACGUAUGCUGUAGCGACCCGACAGAGGCGUCCACUACUAAACCGUACGUUCAUCAGUGCGGUAUCAGAAACCCGUCGGGUAUUAAUCGGCGAAUUUUGUCGCCCGAUGCAAAAGGCGAAUCCGAUUUCGGUGAGUGGCCGUGGAUGGCGGCCGUACUCAAAGUGGAAAACGGUAUCAAUUUGUUUCAGUGCGGCGGUGUACUUAUCGACCACCAACACGUCCUAACGGUUGUCCAUUGUGUGGCUCCCUAUGCUUAUAGCAAACAGUAUGAACUGGUAGUCCGUUUGGGCGAAUGGGAUACMCARCAUACCAACGAAUUUUACGCACACGAAGACUAUACGGUCGAAUCGGUUGCGAUGCACCCGAACUUCAGGAACGGUAGCCUAUGGAACGACAUCGCCGUAUUGACACUAAACAAAAAAGUUGAAUUCAAGCCCCAUAUCGAUAGCAUUUGUUUGCCGACAUCCACUCAGGAUAACUUUGAUGGCAUGGAUUGCGUGACUACCGGUUGGGGUAAAAGUGCUUACAAAGGGGGCAGUUAUUCAAAUAUCUUAAAGGAAGUAAAGCUACCGGUGCUCAAUCAUUAUGACUGUCAAACAGCACUAAGACAAACACGACUGGGCAAUCGUUUCAGACUUCACGAUAGCUUUUUAUGCGCUGGAGGUGAGAAAGGGGUCGACAGCUGUAAGGGAGAUGGAGGCGGACCUCUUGUCUGCUACCGGAGUGACGGUACCUAUGCAUUGGCCGGACUCGUGGCUUGGGGUAUUGACUGCGGAAAGCCAGGUGUGCCCGGAGUUUAUGUUAAAGUCUCACAAUUUUUGCCGUGGAUUACAAAACAAACGGGUCAACCGAUUGAGGAUUAUUGGCCACAAAUGAGUUAAACGAAAAAUAUAUAUAUAUA